UUUUGAAUUUUCAUCUCCUUCUUAACUAACCUCUCUCACUUCUUGCUUAAACUCAAAAUAAAAAGGCCUGAUGAAGAGCAAAAAGGAAAUAGAGGAGAUGCCAGGAGUCACAGUGAAUCGCUAUGCCGAAGAGGCUCCAUCCACUGGGAGGUCUAAGAAUGGAUAUGUUUUCCAGGAGAUGGAGCUGAAGGAUGGAGAGAAGGAAGUUUCAGAUCAGGACUCACCUACCAUCAGUACAGACAACAUUUAUGAAAAUGACAUCCACCUCAGUGUUUCAGAUUCUGAAGGUCCGGGAUAUGGACUUUUAAACACAACAAGAAAAUAUGUAAAACCCAUGAACUUCCAAGAGGAAGUGCGUGCCCACAGAGAUCUGGACAGCUUUCUUUCUCAGGCAAGCAUCCUUCUGGAUGAAAAAGCUGCCACUCUGGAUGAGGUUCUGAGACGAAUGAUUGCUCACAUGGUGGAAGACGGCCAGGGCAACUGUGACGUAGAAGAGGUGAUGAACUCGCUGUUCACAGAUGCAGGAGGCAGAGAUAUUAAUGUUCACCUUCUGUUAGAGACUAUUCAGGGUGUGACUGCUACUUCAACCGGUAUUCAUUAUCAGCAGUCUUGGCUUUGUAUUCUCUCCAAUGUGAGAAACCUACAGAGGCGCCAUGUUUGUAUUACCCGACUGGAGAGGCCACAAAAUUGGGGAGUCAACUGCUGCGAGGCCCGUUAUGUUAUCCUGAUCCUCGCACCACUAAGAACGAAAAGCACCAAGACAGCUGUUGAACUGGGUAGGACAUUUGCCACGAUGUUCUCUGACAUUGACUUCAGGCAAAGGCUUCUGGAGACCAAAACUCAGGAGGAGUUCAAACAGGAGCUGGUCUCCCAGCGACACCAGCUCUCUGUCGCCAGUGAGAAGAAAGUCGUAGAGGAAGUGGAGGACUCAGACCCACGAAGAGGAAAAGCACUCCAGUGCAGAGAUUUCUUCAGAGCCGGUCGAGGUGUUUAUGAUGACCUUCGUCGGCGACUGCCUCUUUAUCCUUCAGACUUCACAGACGGGAUGACAGGGAAGGAUCGCUGUUUACUGAAAUAUACCACCACAGCUAUCUUCCUCUACAUUGCCAUUCUCCUGCCUGCAAUUGCUUUUGGUUCUCUGAAUGAUGAAAGCACAAGAGGGGAAAUAGAUGUUCAGAAGACCAUUGUUGGCCAAAGCAUUGGAGGAGUGAUCUACUCUCUGUUUGCUGGUUCCCCUCUGGUCAUUCCUCUGACCACUGCCCCACUGGCCAUUUUCAUCAGUGUUAUCAGGGGUAUCUGUGAUGACUACGGCCUGGACUUUGAUGCUUUCUAUGCCUGCAUCGGUUUAUGGAACAGCUUCUUCCUUAUCCUCGGGGGCUUAUUCAAUGUCAGCUUGAUGAUGAAACUCUUCAAACGCUCAACAGAAGAGGUCAUUGCAUUGUUCAUCUCCAUAGCUUUUGUUGGAGAUGCAGUGAAAGGCACCGUCAAAAUUUUUGAACACUUUUAUUAUGGGCCAACAUUGGCAACCACAAACAAAACGGUGGUGCUUCAGCAGAUAAAUGAGAUUCUGGAUGGGUUUGAGAACCGAACAUCCACCAAGCUGGAGCAUAAAAUUGGGACCAACAUGUCACUGUUUGAACAUUCAGAAGAGAAAAUAUUAGUCUUCCUGCCAGAGACGCUGGUGGAAUGCACAAGAGAAAGGCCCAUUCUCUGUCUGCUGCUCAUGUUGGGGACUUUGUGGCUGGGUUACGCACUCUACCUCAUCAAGAGGAGCCCGUACCUGAACGGUAAAAUCAGAGACGUGGUGUCUGACUGUGCCUUGCCAAUCUCUGUGGUGAUAUUCUCCUUCAUUGGCUCCUAUCUUUUCAUUGACAUACAGCUUCCUGUAUUCAGUGUCCAUGAUGGUCCAAUCUUCAAGUACCCAGCAUUUGAAAACCUGUCAGGUCUGACUUCACUUGCCGCGAUCGGACUUGGUUUCCUGCUUGCACUGCUUAUCUUUAUCGACCAGAACAUCGUCAUCUCACUUACACAUGUACCAGAACACAAGUUGUUAAAAGGCACAGCAUUCCACUGGGACUUAAUGCUGACUGGCUUCAUCAACAUCCUCAUGUCUUGUCUGGGGUUGCCAUGGAUGCACGCUGCCUUUCCUCAUUCCUCCCUACACGCCCGUCAGCUUGCCAAAGUAGAACAGCACGUAGAGAACGGACAUGUCUACACAACGAUCGUUAGUGUCAAGGAGACGCGUCUAACCUCACUAGUAGCGAACAUCCUGAUCGGCCUGUCUGCAUUCAUGCUCCCUAUUCCUCUUCAGUGGAUCCCCAAACCCGUCCUCUACGGCCUCUUCCUUUACAUUGCAGCCACCUCACUCGAUGGAAAUCAGAUGGUAGAUCGCAUGACCUUGUUGCUGAAGGAGCAGACAUCUUACCCUCCGACCCACUACAUACGCCGUGUACCUCAGAGAAAAGUGCACUACUUCACAGCAGUGCAGAUGAUCCAGCUGAUCAUCUUGUGUGCAUUUGGGAUGUAUCCUCUGCCCUACAUGAAGAUGGUGUUUCCUCUGCUGAUGAUCCUCCUGGUCCCUAUUAGGAUCAGCUUGCUUCCUCGAAUGAUUGAAGCCAAGUAUCUGGACAUCAUGGAUUCCCAGUACAUUUAGGCCAGCUGGUCAAACUUGUGAAAAGAUGGAAGACAGAUGGGAACAGACUGACAAGUUAAUUAAGGUUUUAGUCACCAACGUACCUACAAGAUUUUGCCUAAAGUACGUACUAGUGACAAACUUCUUUUCCAUAAACUUCACUGCAACUAUAACUGGCUUCAAUCUGAAGCAUUUCUGCAGUUCAUUGGCACUCUCAUAGGUAGAAAAAACACACAUAUACACACAGAUAAACAUAGGUGUUUAUCACUUUUUAAAUGAAUAAAAGUCUUAAUUGUUUUAUUCAGAUAUUAUAUUUUUAAAUGAGGGUUGCUUCUGUUUUAAUUCACAUGCUGAUGAGGUGACUUCACUACAAGCAAUUUGACAUAAAACAUCUUAACACUUAAAAAUGAUCACCUCUUGUAAGCAGAUGUUCAUUUAGUUAUGAAGCUUUUAUUCUGAUGAGUCACAUAAUGUACUAUAUGCUGUGACAAAUUGUUUUUUAUUUAAAUUUUGUAGGGUUGAAUGAAAAGGCUGUGAACCAAACUGGUUUAACACACUUUACCACAAUACAUUUAUAUUUUUCAAAGAGAAAUAUGCAGAGACUAUUUUUUGCAAUUCAAGUCUGAAAAUACAAAAUCAUCCCACUGCAGGACUCUUGUAGUUUGGUGGAGGACUGCUGUGAGUAUUUUGAUUUAAAAAGGACACCGAUAGAUGGCAGUGGAGGAUCACGCUUCAUAUAUUAAAAUUCCACCUUGUGUAGGGGUGUUUGCGUGCGUGUGUGUGUAUUAUUCAUUGUGAUACAGAGACAAGGAUAUAUUCAUGGCAGCCUUCAUCUUGUAAAAGAAACGGUGAUAAUGAAGUUAUGACCACCCAGUUAUUAAGUAUGAGUGGUUUCCAAAUGUCACCAGGCUUAUAUGAUCAGACAUCUAAUUUGUUUCAUGUGUUUGUUUUUCUGCACAGCCACUUUUCUAAUCCAACACCUGCAUUAUUUGUCUGUUUUCAUCAAAACCUUCAUUAAUACUUCAACGUUGUCAAAGCAGCUGCUGUUUUCUAUUUUAACUGUCUGUACUCAGUGAGUUCCAUAUAUAUAUAUAUAUAUAUAUAUAUAUAUAUAUAUAUAUAUAUAUAUAUAUAUAUAUAUAUAUAUAUAUAUAUAUGUAGAAAUGUGUGUUUGAUGUGAACUUCAAUAAAAUUCAAAGCAUUCACAUUCACAAGCUGUCCACCGUAAACGCCAUGAGACAAUAAAGUGGCUUUUAAAACAAUCAGAGAGAGCAGAAAGUGAGUGUUUUCUUUCAGAAGAUUUAUUUGCUUAAAGAAAAAUACCCGGUGUUGCACAAAUUUUAUGUAUCUAUAAAAUUCUAACAUUCAAAGACUCAAGAAAAUAUUACUGUUUGAAAAUGAAUUAGUUGCUCAUCUGAAAAACUGAAUUAAAAAAUUGAGAAAGGAGAUCCACUAUAUCAAAACACAACAUGUUUCAAGAAGCUGGAAUGUUGUAUUGAAGUAAAAAAUACAUUCCAUGCAACUAUUUGGUUUAUUCUCAUCAGGGAAGCAAGUCAGAGUGUAAACAGGUUAGUUUUGUACACACAAAGUCAAAGUCACAUAAUGAUACUUUUUUUUUUAAAUCAUACACGCCUUUGGGAGAAUCAGACUUUGCUUCCGAUGGGCAAUGAGAAAGCAAUUAUUUAAUGCUACAAAAACACAAAAGGACUUAAUCAGUUUUUUUAUGCAUUUUAUUUUACUUUGAAAAAUUUCAUGUAAUUUUCUCUGAAUGUUUUGACAGAUAUCUACAUGGUAGACUAGGGUUGGACGGCCUCCUUGUUGUCCCUGUUAGCUUUAAAAGGUGUUUCUGCAUAGAGUUUGAACAUUCUCUCUGGAUUUUCUCCAAAUACUCUAACUUCAUCUUCCAGAACAACAAGCUUGUUUAGUUAAUUGGCUUUGCUAGAUUGCCCUUUGGUGUGAAUUAAGGAAUGUGCACAUGUCUGUUUUGUUGUGUUGUCUAUCUCAUUGCUGGCUUGUAAUGGACCAAUUUCCAAUAGGGAACAAUGCAGGUUGGCAAUCCUGAUAAGAAAUAAGCUGGUAUGGAAAGUGGGUGAAUUUUCCUGCUGUACUGCUAAAAUAAACAUUUUAUGUAAAAAAUAAUAAUAA